GCUUGCUUGCCUGCUAAAGGCUGGCUGUUCGGUGGGUUUGACCGGCGAUCCAGCGCCAAGAAGCUGGAUCUCAGAUAACAUAGAGACCAUCGCGGAAACUGAGGAGUGAGUCGGAACGCGAUCGAUCCUGUACAGGUCUUGGGGCUCCAGAGAUUAUUUCUCUUUAUUCAGAAGCAUAGAUUUGUUUGCUGAUUGCAAGAAGAUGUUUCUUUGGCUCUUUCUGAUUGUGUCAGCCCUGAUUUCUUCAACAAAUACAGAUUCUGACAUAUCAGUGGAAAUUUGCAAUGUGUGCUCCUGCGUGUCAGUAGAGAAUGUGCUUUAUGUCAACUGUGAGAAGGUUUCAGUCUACAGACCAAACCAGCUGAAACCACCUUGGUCUAAUUUUUAUCACCUCAAUUUCCAAAACAAUUUCUUAAAUAUCCUCUAUCCAAAUACAUUUGUAAACUUUUCACAUGCAGUAUCUCUGCAUCUGGGAAAUAAUAAGCUGCAGAACAUUGAGGGAGGAGCCUUUCUCGGGCUCAGUGCAUUAAAGCAGUUGCACUUGAACAACAAUGAAUUAAAGAUUCUCCGAGCUGACACUUUCCUUGGCAUAGAGAACUUGGAGUAUCUCCAAGCUGACUACAAUUUAAUCAAGUAUAUUGAACGAGGAGCCUUCAAUAAGCUCCACAAACUGAAAGUUCUCAUUCUUAAUGACAAUCUGAUUUCAUUCCUUCCUGAUAAUAUUUUUCGAUUCGCAUCUUUAACCCAUCUGGAUAUACGAGGAAACAGAAUCCAGAAGCUCCCCUAUAUUGGAGUUCUGGAACACAUUGGCCGGGUUGUUGAAUUGCAGCUGGAAGAUAACCCUUGGAACUGUAGCUGUGAUUUGUUGCCUCUAAAGGCUUGGUUGGAGAAUAUGCCAUAUAACAUUUAUAUAGGAGAAGCUAUCUGUGAAACUCCCAGUGACUUAUAUGGAAGGCUUUUAAAGGAAACCAACAAGCAAGAAUUAUGCCCCAUGGGCACAGGGAGUGAUUUUGACGUUCGCAUUCUGCCUCCAUCUCAACUGGAAAAUGGCUACACCACUCCCAAUGGUCACACUACUCAAACAACCUUGCACAGAUUAGUGACCAAACCACCCAAAACAACAAAUCCUUCCAAAAUCUCUGGAAUAGUGGCAGGCAAAGCCCUCUCCAACAGAAAUCUCAGUCAAAUUGUGUCAUACCAAACGAGAGUGCCUCCUCUUACACCUUGCCCGGCACCUUGCUUUUGCAAAACACAUCCUUCUGAUUUGGGGCUGAGCGUAAAUUGCCAAGAGAAAAAUAUACAAUCCAUGUCUGAACUGAUACCAAAACCUUUAAAUGCCAAGAAGUUGCAUAUCAAUGGCAAUAACAUCAAAGAUGUGGAUAUUUCAGACUUCACUGAGUUUGAAGGACUGGAUUUGCUCCAUUUAGGCAGCAAUCAGAUUACGGUGAUCAAAGGAGAAGUGUUCCACAAUCUGACCAAUCUACGCAGGCUUUAUCUCAAUGGAAAUCAGAUCGAAAGGCUGGACCCUGAAAUAUUUUCAGGCCUUCAUAACCUACAGUAUCUGUAUUUGGAAUACAACUUGAUUAAGGAAAUCUUAGCAGGCACCUUUGACUCCAUGCCCAAUUUGCAGCUUCUGUACUUGAACAAUAAUCUCUUAAAGAGCCUUCCAGUUUACAUUUUUUCUGGAGCACCCCUUGCUAGAUUGAACCUGAGGAACAACAAAUUCAUGUACCUACCUGUCAGUGGAGUCCUCGAUCAGUUGCAGUCUCUUACACAAAUUGAUUUGGAGGGCAACCCUUGGGACUGCACUUGUGACUUGGUAGCCUUAAAGCUGUGGCUGGAGAAGUUAAAUGAUGGGAUUGUUGUGAAAGAACUGAAAUGUGAGACUCCUGUUCAGUUUGCCAACAUUGAAUUGAAGUCCCUCAAGAAUGAAAUCUUAUGUCCUAAACUCCUAAACAAGCCAUCUGCACCGUUCACUAGCCCUGCACCUGCAAUUGCGUUCACCACUCCAUUGGGUCCCAUUCGAAGCCCUCCUGGGGGCCCAGUGCCUCUGUCUAUUUUAAUCUUAAGUAUCUUGGUGGUCCUCAUUUUAACUGUCUUUGUUGCAUUUUGCCUUCUUGUUUUUGUGCUGAGACGCAACAAGAAACCCACAGUGAAGCACGAAGGUUUGGGGAACCCUGAGUGUGGCUCCAUGCAGCUGCAACUAAGGAAGCAUGACCACAAAACUAAUAAAAAAGAUGGACUGAGCACAGAAGCAUUCAUUCCACAAACCAUAGAACAGAUGAGCAAGAGUCACACCUGUGGCCUGAAAGAAUCUGAAACUGGGUUCAUGUUUUCAGAUCCUCCGGGACAGAAGAUCAUGAUGAGAAAUGCUGCUGACAAAGACAAAGAUUUACUGCAUGUAGAUACCAGGAAGAGAUUGAGCACAAUUGAUGAACUGGAUGAACUAUUCCCUAGCAGAGAUUCCAACGUGUUUAUUCAGAAUUUUCUUGAAAGCAAAAAGGAGUAUAACAGUAUUGGUGUCAGUGGCUUUGAGAUUCGCUAUCCAGAAAAACAACAAGAUAAAAAAAGCAAGAAGUCACUGAUAGGUGGUAACCACAGUAAAAUUGUUGUGGAACAAAGGAAGAGUGAGUAUUUUGAACUGAAGGCAAAACUUCAGAGUUCUCCUGACUACCUACAGGUCCUUGAAGAGCAAACCGCUUUGAACAAGAUAUAGGUCAUGUAAUCCAACUUCAUAAGAGGUCAUUAUUUAAUGAUGAAAGUGCCUUUUGUUGACUUCUAACUUCCAAAUACUAUAUUAUCAUUAGGCAUAGAGGCAGGUGUUUCCAAGGGUAUUUCAUUAACUAUAGCUGUAAAGAUGUGUCAAGUAGAAGAGAAUUUCCUUAAUAGAUUUUACUACAUAAAACCUAUACUGUGGAGACCUGUGGGGAUACUGCAAACUCUAUUGCCAAAGGGAUGCUUUAUAAACAUAAUACACUGAAUUUAACCUCAAGAGGCAAAUCAGUUUUGUACUCUGAUACAAAACCUCCGUCUCUUUGUGCUUUGUAAAGCAAACUCAAGAAAACUGGUACCAGUGUUUGUACCUCAGCUGGGUCCUUCAUCUUGCACGUAGAUUAAGUUGGUGAAACUGGAAUAACCCUUUUGAUUUGUGGCAUUGUAACAACUCUUUGUAAAGAUUACCUUAAAAGUGUAAAAAACAAAUAAGCAUGCAAAGAGAGAACAUUUGAUAGUAUUUGUAAAUUGGUAAAAUUUAUGGCCUGCAUCUUGAAACUGCUGGAUUUACAAUGUUAAAUCGUGCAAAUACUUGUUUAAAAUAUACCAUGCAUUACAUAACUAUAAAAUAAAUUUGAACACUUUAAGUGUUACCUGUCUAUACAUAAAAACCAAAAGGAGAAAAAAAUCAAUGUGAGUUACAUAGCAUUUGUGGUGAUUUAGAGAAAAAUAUGAUGUUUAUCAGAAUUAAACAUGGCUCAAAUUAAACUAGAGUUUGUUCUCAGUUAUGUCAAAUACCCACAAUCCUUAACGGUUGUCCCAAAUUAGCAAAGUGCUUACCGUGUGAGCGCACCCAAAGCUAUUUUUGUAACAUAAUUCAUAUUUAUGAAGUACUUUGUAUACUAAAUAGGAAAACAUGUACUCCUUAAUAUGUAUUUAAAAUGCCUGACUUAUUUUCCUGAUCACAGCAAAUUUAUCAGUAAGUAUAAAUUGAGAUAAGAAAAAAAAUACUAAAGUGAAACUGAAGCUAAUGUGUACAGAAAUAUUUGGGACUCUGUGAUCAAGUAUAAUUUAAAAACAGAAAAAAAUACAAAAAUCCCAAAAAUUAAAAAAAAAAUCCGUGCUAUUCUUGUGAAUUUAGUGUAUUAUCUUCAGAUUUGUUACCAACUGUGCAUUUUAAAAUAGGCUCCUUAGUUUUAUAGUAUUGUGUCUGGGGCAGUUGUUAUUUGCCAUCAAUUGUCUUGCUUUUCAGGAUUCUAUGAGCUUAAUUCAAAUAGUUUUAAUUACAAUAUUCAACAAAAUAAUGACUAAGAUAAAUAGUAUCUUGUAUGCAUCAGUAUCCUGUUCUUUCAUCAUUCUGACUACUAUCAGAUAAUCUAGUAGAACUAUAAACAUCAUGGUAAUCUUGGCUAUCAAAGCCAUAGUGUAAAAUGCUUGCACUGGUCUCAGACGAAUUCAUGAUCUACAACUACAAUGGAAAUGCCCCUGUGUUUGCGUGUGCUCUUAAGUUCUAGAUCAAAAUUGGUCAAAUGAAUGAAGUAUUUGCUAAUGGGUUGAUAUCUGAAGAUGUUUAGGAUCUCUGAUUAGUAAAUCAAUAUUCAGAAACUCAUUGCCUUCUUGGCCAGCUGUGUGUGUGUGUGUGUGUGUGUGUGUGUGUGUGUGUGUAUUGUGGUGUGAUGAAUUAUUGUAUUAUUCAGUAAGAUAACCAAGAAAGCAAACAAACAUUCUUCAUGAAUUUCAAGUGGCAGAUAUUUUGAUGCAGCUUCCAAAAGGAUAUUGUAACAGCAAUCCCUUUAUUAAAUGCUAAUUUCAAGAUUUUAUGUGUUUGUUUCAAAUUUUUAAAUAAAAUUUGACAUUAUUACAGGACUGUGUGUGUGUGUGUGUGUGUGUGUGUGUGUGUGUGCAUGCGUGUGCGCACACAUGUGUGUUUGGUUAUAUAUUCAUAUAUAGAUAAUUAGGAGUUUUUUUAGAUAGCAAAUAAAAUCUCCCUAUGUAUGUGCUGGUGCUCUUAAAACUUUAAUGUGUAAUUUUCAGUUUCAUGACAAUGUCUGUGAAAACUUUAUAUGAAUAUAAACACAUCCAAACAAAUAAUUGCUGUCUGAUAUUGAAAGAAAAGAAGUGUGUUCAAAUGCUAAUUUUCAUCUGCAGUUUCAUAAGGACAUUUAAUAUGCCAUUACCAUGCAUGCGUGCAUCCAUGGAUUUAAGGGCUCCUAAUGCAUACUGACAGGAUAAGGAUGCAAAGGCUUCCAACAAAGUGUUUUUGUUUAUCCUGUCAAAGUGUGGAUUCAGAAAUAUUAAAUGAACACUUAUAGGAGGAACUAGAAAGCUCCAUGCAUAAGCUGGGGCUAAUAGGUCAUUGGGAUGAUGUCCUUUUAUUCAGUGUGGUGAUGGUUGGAAGAUGUUUCAAGGUUUCUGCAGAAUUGUCAGCGGCAAGAGUACCUGCUACCAUCUCAAAGCUUGCUGUAGUAUAUUGGCUAUCUCACACUCUACUGCUGGAAGCUAUAACCGCUCAAAAAUUUUUAAGAAAAAAAAAACAUAAUUUAACUGUAUGUGCUUCUAUGGAGGUUCUAAUUGUGAAUGGAAGUAACAAAUUCUUGGUUAAGGCUAAUAUACUUUCCUUAACUAAAGUCAUUGUGCCUACAUUAUACAGUGUAUGCUAUUUUGCACCAGUCUCUCAUUAGUUCUUCUUGGAUCUUUUAUGAUACUGUAGUUAGGUAUAAAUUCUGAGUUGAGUACAAGAGCAGUUUAAAUACUGUAUCUGCAUUUUGUUGGCGUCAGCUAUAAUCUUGAUGUUAGUUUAACCCCUUGAAGAAUGAUAUGUACAUGGUAAAACAUUUUUUUAGUAGACUUUGAUUCAAAUUUUGAAAAGCCAAGAAUUGGUCAUCUCUAAUGUGCUAUGACACAUCAUGGUCUUCUUGGCAUUGUAUUCUUGUGUAUGGACUGUGUUAGAACAGUUGCAGAGAAAACUAGAUCUUAUGAAAUCAAUGAAGGGGUAAGAUAGUAUAUUGUGUCCGUGUAAUAUAAAUCAAGUUUUAAAUUAUUUUUUUAUGAAAUCAAUAAAAAUGAUUCAAUUCUUUUAAAGUAAAUCUUUGUGUAAUUUUAUGAGAAAGCAGCUAUUAAAGUACCAUGAUUCAAACAUAUAAGGCAAUUUAUAUCCUAUACUUAGUUUUCCAUUCUGAAUAACAGUAUUAACAAAUAUAUUAAUUAUGAAGUUAUUAAAAACCACUAUUAUUUGUGAUUUUUCAUAAACAUUUAGUUUUGUACGCCAUAAGGAUGCAUAAAUAUUAAAGGGCAUGGCCUCAUGAGUAAUGCCACAGAUAUUUCAGAAAUAUCAAAGUCAAUCUAGAAAUGUAUGGCGAUAACUUUAAUCUACAAUAUCAUUUGCAUGACUUCCAAGGAUAGUAUAUGAAAUGAGCACAGCGAGAUUUUCUUACAUCUUUCUUUUUUUUCUCUUUCAAUUUUUUGUCAUCCUUGCAUCCAAAGAGUUAGGGAGAAAAUAUAUUAAGAAUGUAUUUAUAGGUACUAUUUUGAAAUAAAGUAGAAAAUAUGUAUUAUAUUGUUUUUAGCCUGCUUUGAUUAUUUUUAUUUUAGAUUAAUUAAUAAAAAAGUAAUGCUAUAAAAUCUAAUGUAAAUCACAACAAAGAACAAUUCUAAUGAACACUGUUUGCUUUGAAUUACACCAAGAUAUUAGAAUUUAUUAAAUGCCAUUUUUCUGGAACCAUUAAUAAAAUUAUUUGGUACAAUGUUAUUUCCGAAGCCACUGUUAAGUAUAUUUAUCUUUUCAUUGUUUUUCAGAAAAAAUAAAUAAAACCGUAACCAAACUGGUUAUAUCACUCAAAUUUGAGGGAUAUAUAUAUAUAUAUAUAUAUAUAUAUAUAUAUAUAUAUAUAUAUAUACAUAUAGCUUUAAAAAUACUGUUUACACUCAAUUGCUAAGUCUCUGUUGGAAGAUGUUUUCUUUACAAACAUAGUUGCAAUCUGUAUUCCUUUGUACUGGCAAUCCCUCAGAGAACAGUUGUACAAAUCAAUAUACUUUCAUCAUUUUGCAUUCUCACCAUUUAGAAUCUAACAAAUUCAAAUAGGCUAAUAUUAGUUUUCAGUUGGGAACUAUCAACUCAAAUACUUCUACAGAAACUUCAGUAUAUCUACAUUCCACAGAAAGCUUGACUAAUUUCAAGUUUCUUACACCCUUAAUGUGGUAAAAUGGCUAUUUUUAACUGAGUUUCUUUUAAAGUAACCAAAAGUAUCAGUCAAUCACUUGAUGCAUUUUCUGUGGUUGAAAAAAAAAAUGAACCAAUUGUAUUAUAGUUAAAUUCGGAGCAGAAAAAGAAAUAUCAAAAGGCUUCAUUUACCAUAAGGAGGUUUUAAAUCAUGUGUCCCUAAACUAAUUGAAGAAGAGUGCACAGAAGUAUAAAUUAAGAUUUAUGUGACUUUACAACUAUACAUAAACUGUGCUGAAAUUUGGCACAAUAUAGAUAGCAAGCACAAGGUAGUUGUUCUCAGCCAUUCCAUUGUGUAGACAAGUGGCAUCAAAUCAAGGGUCAUACUCGUGUUCAGUGUUCAUUCAAUUAGUUACUGGUCAGAUUAACUGAACAAAACUAUUGGCGGUGUCCCUUAAUAGGAAUAGUUAUAAGUUUAAGUGACAAUUGUUAUCUCUCAAUUACAGAUUUCUAGGGGAUCUGUGUUUUGUUAAAUUACAACUAAAUGGGAGGUCAAAUGAACUUAAAUGACUUUUUUUAAUAAAAACUUCCUAUAGUGUAAAUUUUAUUGUAUUUUUUUAUUCUAUUUAGUUUACAGUGAUUUAGAGGAUAACAUUGGAAAAGGAAAAAAUAAAGUGGUUCUACUAUCUCUUCUAUUAAAUACUAUGAUUUUCUAUAAUUUUUAAAAACUUUUUUAGUUUGUUGUUCUUAUAUCUACACAGGGGAAAUGGGUUGAAGCUCUGAGGCAAUUAAAUACUUUGGGUCCAGAAAAUAUGAGACUGGGAAUACAAAAGAUUUGAAUUCCACAUUGCUUGGUAAUUACAAGUAAGCUGACAAUAGAACCCAGAACCAAGAGAUAACAAGUCAAUCUUUCACUAUAGUUUACUUUUGUAGACAUUGCCUGUACAUAAACACAAAUUCUAGCCAUUCUAAUUUUAAAAUAGAAAAGACAAAUUACUUGAAAAAUUCAUUAAUGAAGUCCUUAGAGAGCUAAUGCGAGUAUGUAGUGAAUAAAUACCUACCUUUACUUUUAAAUUGGCUAUAGAGAAACAAGACUUUUAGAGUACCUGAACAAUAUAUUUCUCUCAGUUGGCAACUCACAAAUAGUAGAUCAUGUCAGAUGCUGUUGAUAAACAUCUAAGAAAGCCAUGUUGUGCAAUGGAUAAAAAUUAUGAAAAUGUUUAAGAAUCACAUUAAGCAUUGUUUUCCCUACUAAGCAACUGCAAUGUAUAUUUCCAUCAUUGUUUUGUGUAAACUAAAUCAUUGUGGCAAAAUUCUGGAGUUGGUAUGGAGUAACUUUAAUGCUGUUUUCAUGAAUAAAAGUCUUUUCUUAUAGGUCA